AUGGAAGCGCAAGCUGAUUUUUCGGGCUGACAACCUUUAGUUUAUUGGGUAGUAGCCAAAUAUCCACAUGGUUAAAACGCUUCUUAUUUAUUUCUUUAAAUCUAAUUUGCAAAUUUAAACAACUGUUGUCUUCAGCAUUUCUAUGUGAAAGAGGCGAGGCAAAUCAUCAGCUUGAAAUUGGGGGACGGCCCUGUCCAUCCAUGGUCAAGUCCUGGGACAUACACAUGUUUCUGAACACGAUCAAGAAUCAGAUACCGAGAAAUGAUGCCAGAUGUCCGGAAAAACAAUUUUAUUGCAACAUAUUUUAAGUACUGGUUGACUUUUUAAAAUGCUGUUAUUUAUAUGGAAAGCAUCCAUCCCAAAUGGCAGUAAGGUUCUUUGGGCGAGGAAACAGAUUUCUUUCAUUGCCUUCAAUGCAACCGAAUUCCUACAUAACUUCUGAGCAAGUUGGAGCUUUCACUUAACUAAUUUUUAUGAGAUUCCCAUCUGCUGUAUAGAAGCCCCCAUUGGAAAGCUAGUUCAUCCUUUCUCAUGUUGAAGAAACACAAAAUAAUAAUGCAUACAUAUUUUUCUCUGAAAGAAACUUCAGAAACAAUCAAAUCUUUUUUACCAGGGAAAAUCGCUUUUUAUAAAAAACAAAACUAAUACUUUAACAAGGCUUGUCUUUUGUACGUUCUGGAAAAAUAUUUGAAUACCCGAGAGAAAAUCAUUUUUAACUGAAUAAAAACUGGAAUCCGCUUCAUCCCGCCUUCUCUUUCUCACACAGCUGGCUUUGAAAAAUCAUAAAUUAAUAAUAAAAAAAAAAAACCUGAACGUUUCUGGCUAGAAAUGAGGUCAGACUUUUAAGGCAGUAGGUUCGCAGGAUUUCACAAAAGUGUUUAUUCAUGCAAAUCGGGAUUGAAAAUUUGUAAGAAGUCAAGGUGGAAGUAAAAAAGAAAUUCUGCAUCUGUUUUCAACAAUGAUUAAGUAUGUGUGAUGCAUUUUUCAAAUUUUUAAGGGUUGACAAUAAGAAAGUCUUGCAGAAUUAAAAAAACGGUGCGGCAAUUUCUGAACUAGAAGAUUCUGUACAUGUUUUUCUGACUAUUAUUUUUGACCUUGACAUCUAAACGAAAUAUUGAUGAUACAUACGACUAGAUGAUCCAAUUUCUCUCGAUCGAAAAUAUAGGUUUUCAUAGAUUAUCUAUAUCAUUUCACUCCAAGUAGAGUAUAACAUCAAAACGCCAUUACGGCUCAGCAUAAUCACAGUCUUUUUCUAUGCGGGACACUCAAUUGAGAAUAAAAUUGCAUAGUAUUUCGAUUCCUCUUGGACCAAAAUAACUCCAAGUAUAGUGAUUUUUGGCUUCUUCAGGAAAAGAACUUCGCAAUUCUUUGCCACAAGAAUAAAUGUGAUACAUGUGCUGUGCGUGAAUACAACUUGUAUCAGUAUAAAUCUGACUCUACAUAUAUAUAUAUAUAUAUAGAUAGAUAGAUAGAUAACUGGAAAAAAAUUAUAUAUCUAAGUAGUUGAAAUAAGUUGUAACUAGAGAAUCAUCAUGUAAGUGAAUGAUAUAGAUGUGAAGAAAUCAGUUUCGUAAUGUCAUUAUAAAUUCAAUAGUUAAGAAGAGAUUCAGGUAGAAAUGCAGGUUCGUGAUUAGAUAGUUUUGUAAGGGAAGGAAAAGUUUUUUUUUACUUUUACUUUCCGUAGAUCUAGAUAUUAUGUUGUUGUAUGAAAAGUAGUUUGAAUUGUAAUAAAACUUUGAGGGAAAGUUUUCAUUAGGUCCUGUUUAACGCUUAUGACUUUAUAUAUGACAAAAAAAGAGAUAUAACCAAAUUUUGAUUUUAACUUUCUCCUAGACCAUUUUUACAACUGAUACAAGAUGAGGGAUUUCUAAAAAAUGACUAUAUUUAUGUAAAAUAAUAUUAGGUUUGUCAGUUUGUUACCAUUCACAACUGUUUAGUACAUUGAAAAUCUCAGCUUCUGAAACGAGUUGCGAUAUGUCCUUGGUUAUGGUGACCCCUGCUCCCGAUGAGUCCGGUGCGGACAUCAGCACCGAGCCACAAACUGCAUCUAGAGAGGGGUCUUUACCUCCUCCUUUAUUACCUAGCCUCAGCAUAAGUGAGUCUGAUAACGACAACGAGCACUAUUUGUUUGAAAUGGGGAAACAACAGUCAGUGGAUUCGUCGAUUUUGUUUCCACCGGUAUACAACAACAAAAAUGCUCUUCACUUUGGACGAAUGCACUCGGAGCCGGAAAGACCCUUACCAUUAGUUGAGUUCCAGCCCUUAGAACAGCAAAAUUCGACUGAUUCAACAGAGCUAAACAACGUAACAGGAUCCCCUCAGGCCAAUUACAGGUCUUGUCCUGAAAUCAGACCAGAGAUUCAAGUGCAGCCGGCAGCCUUACAGAGGGAAAUUCUUUAUGAACGCCAUAUAUUCCCAACUCUCUCCAUUGAUUCAAGUACCAGCGCUUCGGAUUCGGCUGUGAGGAGGUCUAACAUCGCAGUACCCCUUGUCCAUCUGCAAAAAAAGCCGGAGCGAAGACUGCUGAGGCAACCGCCGAUAGGGGGCUUGGCGAGCGGCGGCGGGCGCGUCUCGUCGGCCGGCAGAAGUCACCUGUGGCCGCCUCACGCGAGGCUUGGCCUCAGCUCCCGUCUCGAGCACUCCUUCCUCACUAAGACUGUGUCGCGGGAGAGCGUGGCCGCCUCCCUCCGACAACUAUACCGGGAGCCGCCAAGCCAGGGCAACGAGUUCGCGGAGAUCGCCGCCGAUUCCAUGCGGGUCAAUGGGGCCAUUCGCCAGUUCAAGCAGCUCCGCAAGCCCGUCACUUCGUACUCCUCCACCAUGUCCAUCGAGUGCUCGAUGAAAGGCCAGAACUCCACGGACAGUGAGACGGCGGCCAUCGCCUUGGUCGGCGUAACACCCGAGCAGCCCUUACCUGAGGAUGGCCGCAAGAAGCAGGCGUCCGGCUUCCACAAGCCCAGUGUCGGCUACCGGCUCGGACGACGGAAGGCUCUCUUCGAGAAGCGCAAGAGAAUCUCCGACUAUGCCCUCGUUAUGGCCCUGUUCGGCAUCGUCAUGAUGGUGAUCGAAAAUGAACUCUCUGCUGCCUUAGUUUACAAUAAGGCCUCUGUAUUUUCUACUGCUGUAAAAACAUUGAUCUCCGUCUCUACGCUUAUGCUAUUAGGUCUCAUAGUUGCCUAUCAUGCGCUUGAAGUACAGUUGUUUAUGAUCGACAAUUGCGCCGACGAUUGGAGGAUUGCGAUGACACCCCAAAGGAUCUCGCUUAUCUUUCUGGAGUUGGCCAUCUGUGCCGUCCACCCCAUCCCUGGGGAAUACUAUUUUACGUGGACCACCAAACUGGCCAAUCAGAACGGCAUCGUUGAGUCGCGUAAGGUGCCCAUCGACGUUACUCUGUCCUUGCCCAUGUUCCUACGCCUAUACCUCAUCUGUCGGGUCAUGCUACUGCAUAGCAAGCUCUUCACGGACGCAUCGUCCAGGAGCAUCGGAGCCCUCAAUCGCAUCAAUUUCAACACGAGGUUCGUCCUCAAGACGCUGAUGACCAUUUGUCCGGGGACGGUGCUGCUGGUCUUCAUGGUAUCCCUUUGGAUCAUAGCUUCCUGGACGCUUAGAUUAUGUGAAAGGUAUCACGAUGAAGAGCAUGCCAACUUGCUUAAUACUAUGUGGUUGACGGCCAUUACUUUUCUAUCAGUCGGUUACGGCGAUAUAGUGCCCAACACUUACUGUGGCCGCGGCAUCUCUGUCAGCACGGGGCUUAUGGGCGCCGGGUGCACGGCGUUAGUCGUUGCAGUCAUCGCCCGAAAACUCGAGCUGAGCAGAGCAGAGAAGCACGUCCACAACUUCAUGAUGGACACUCAGCUGACCAAAAGGUUAAGGAAUGCUGCCGCCAACGUUCUCAGAGAAACAUGGCUUAUAUACAAACACACAAAACUCGACAAGAGGGUAAACCAGUCGAAAGUUAGAGCUCAUCAACGCAAAUUCCUCCUAGCUAUUUACUGUCUCAGGAAAGUGAAAAUGGAUCAAAGAAAACUUAUGGAUAAUGCAAAUACCAUCACAGAUAUGGCAAAGACUCAGAACUCUGUUUUUGAAAUGGUAUCUGAAAUGAAUCAACGGCAUGAGGUAUUAGAAGAAAGAGUGUUGUCCUUAGAAGAUCGUCUCCAAGUUAUUCAAGAACAGUUAGAAGCACUUCCGGAUGUAUUGACUAAAGCUUUGUCAGCACUUCCGUCAAUGAAUUCCACUGAAAGUCAACCAGCAGGUGGUACCCAACAGCGACAACCGUCAUCGCAACAACCAAGUAGUCGGCAUACAUUUUUGCAUCCUGAUGAUGCAGCGACAUUGGCAAAUCGACCCAAUUGGACAUCAGUGAAUUUAGGAGGUAGUAACAGGACUCCUGUUCCACCAACUUUAGUGCCCCGCGCUUUAUCUACUGAAAACUGAACGUUCUACUUCAAUGAAGAUUCAACAUGAACAUGAACGUGUUCAUCAGAAUUACUGAGUUAACUUAUUUAAGAAAGCAUAUUGCUUUCUAACUCAGGACCACGAUUAACAAUGGAUAAAGGUCCGAAAUUUCAACUAGAAACUGUGAAAUAGUGAUCUUUAUUUCAUUUAUUCCACAACAUGUAAGUCAUUAGACUCAUCUCAAUACAAGAAAAAUUGCAGAACAAAAAUCUUUAUUUCAUUUAAAGAAAAAAAUAGCUCGAAACAAGGUUGAUGAAUUUUUUGCUGAUUCAAUUUGGGUCUUGAAAGUUCAUUACGAGAGUGAUGAAUUUCAUUGAUAAGCAUUAAUGCAGCAAAAAACAGCAGAUGUGGCCGUACAGAAUGUUAAAACAAGCACGCACAAUAAUUAAAUGCACUGACACUGAGAUUUUUUAUUUUUAAUUCAUAAAAUUCAUUGUUUAUUGUGGAAUAAUCCAAAAAAUAACUAUCACGCUGAUUGCAAUUAAGUAAUCACGCUCAAAACUACCAUAAAUCGAAAAAGAUUUUGCUUAUCUCUUUUAAUCAGUACUUUAUGGUAAGAAUUUAAAAUAUUGUAUUUUGUUCGAAAACUAUUUAGUUUUAUUCUAGUAAUUAUUUGUUUCCGCUUUUUGCUUCAUAGAUUAAUAAAAUUUUAAUCAAAAAUUGCCCAGAAACAGAAUAAAAAAAUCAACAUUCUUAAAAAUAGAUAAUCUAUGGCAGAAUGUGUGAACUUAGUAUCUGAGAAACAUACUCAAAAUAAGAUCGGUAAAUACGGAUUAAGAAUUUAGAAAUAAAAAUAGCAAACAAAGUGUGCUUUUUAGUUUUAUGAAGAUUGAGUGGUUACGUUCUUUAGCAAGAAUGCAUUAAAUUAUAAGAUCAAUGAUUUUGUCGUAAGUGAAAGAAAAGAAAUUAUCCAAAAAUUAGCUCUGCUGAACAAUUCCAAAGACAGUACUCUGAAAGAAUCAUCAAGAUGUAUCACACUGUCACUCAGCCUAACUUUUACAGCAGUAACGACGUCCACGGAAUGAACUAACUUCCUGGUGCUUAUAUUCAGAGAACUCUGGAGCGAAUCGCAUAACUAAAGGCCUUAUUUUGCUUAAAGAAUUUCACACAUUUAAUACACGUUCGAUCAAAAAAUCAAGCCAGUUGACACUUGCUUUGUAAAGAAGUUAUGUUGCGACUUUUUUGUGCUUUGCAGCAAGUUUCUGUUCAUUGAUGCGACCUGCAGAAGACCGUGUCGUAUAUAUAUAAAUAUAUAUAUUAUUGCCUUACGCUUAGACGUUUAAUAUAUUUCACAGAGUAAGAGACUUAGCAAGCAUUGUAGAUCAAGACUCCUAAUUUUUAAUUCCAAGAUUCAUGUGAAAACUUGGAAAUGGUUAUUCGGAAUACUAGUACCCUAUGAUUAGCUGUUUCAAAUAUUUAUAUAAAAUAUGGGAUAGGAAAAUCCUGUGUAAAUAUGUGAGUGAAGCUUAGCAAGUAAGAUGAUACUUACGUGCUCUGUUGUAAAAUCACAUAAAAGAUGGUACAGUAGCAGAGCAGCAGGUAAAUUUAAAUGGACUGCAGAAUGUAUUUUUCGAUAUAUUAAUGUGAUAUGAAAGAGGUGCCGAUUAUAUUGACCAAAUAUACCAUUUGCAAGCACAAUAAGUGAUUUCAUUUGCUUAAAA